ACAAUACCUUAGUUCUCACAGACAUCUAUAGAGCGUGCAGUGUUCAAGAAGUAAAAGUGUUGAAGUGUUAAAAGUGUAAAAGUAGAAAAUGACUGGUCGCGGCAAAGGUGGAAAAGGCUUGGGUAAAGGUGGUGCUAAGCGUCAUCGUAAAGUUUUACGUGAUAACAUCCAGGGAAUUACUAAGCCUGCUAUUCGGCGUUUGGCUCGUCGUGGAGGUGUAAAACGUAUAUCUGGUUUAAUAUAUGAAGAAACACGUGGUGUCUUAAAAGUAUUUUUGGAGAAUGUUAUCCGUGAUGCAGUCACCUAUACUGAGCACGCUAAAAGGAAGACAGUUACAGCAAUGGAUGUUG